AUGAUAGCCGUAAGGUUAGAAAAAGAGCCAGCUAGUGGACAUAGCCAGGCCCGAAUAGAUAGUAGAGUUGGUGCAGCUUUGAUAGCUACUUCGGGUCAUGGUGACGAGGAACAUAAUAUUCAAGGUCAAAAUAUUGAACCUACUCCUGAACUCACAACAUACAAUAUCAAAUUAGGAUGGAUACAGGGUGUUUUAAUACCAUGCCUUCUAAACAUCUGGGGUGUGAUGCUUUUCCUGCGCAUUUCAUGGAUCGUGGGUCAAGCUGGUAUCUGCCUAACAGUUCUGAUCAUCUUUCUAUCGGGCGUCGUGUGCGUUAUUACCACGCUAUCCCUCAGUGCUAUUUGCACGAAUGGCUUAUUGAAAGGAGGUGGAGUUUAUUAUAUCGUGUCUAGAUCAUUAGGAGCAGAACUUGGUGCAUCUGUUGGGAUUAUAUUUGCUUUUGCAAACGCAGUAGCGGCAAGCAUGAAUACCAUUGGUUUUUGCGAGUCACUAAACGAUUUAUUGAAAUCUUUUGAUGUUAAAAUAAUUGAUAAUGGAAUGAACGAUGUGCGAAUCGUUGGCACUAUUGCACUUUUUGUAAUGUGCGUUAUUUGCGCUUUUGGAAUGGAUUGGGAAACUAAGGCGCAGAAUUUCCUUGUUGUAAUUAUUGUGGUAGCGAUUUUGAACUACAUAUUGGGAGCAUGCUUGGGACCCACCAACAACAGUGAGAGAGCACAAGGUUUCGUUGGUAUUAGUGUGGAAACAGCAUUGAUUAAUCUCGGUCCAGACUUCCGAUACAGUGACAAUCAGCAACACAAUUUCUUUAGCAUUUUUGCGAUGUACUUUCCCGCUGUAACCGGAGUUCAAGCUGGAGCUAAUAUUUGCGGUGAUUUGAGAAAUCCAGCCACAGCAAUACCCAAAGGAACACUUCUGGCGCUAGGUUUAUCAAUGUUCAGUUAUCUUGUGAUGGCGGUGCUAUGCGGAUCGGGCGCUCUGCGAGACGCUAGUGGAAACAUUACAGACGUCACCUCAGGCACUAUCGACGCCUGCAUACCUAACUGCCAAUAUGGGCUGCAUAAUAACUAUGAGAUAAUGCAGCUAAUGGCGCAAUCGAGCGCUUUUAUUUACGCCGGCUGCUGGGCGGCCACAUUGUCGACGGCGCUGACCAACCUGCUGUCGGUGCCGCGCCUGAUCCAGGCACUGGGCGUAGACCGCAUCUACCCCGGACUCAUCUUCUUCUCUAAGCCAUACGGCAAACACGGCGAGCCCUACCGCGGAUACGUACUCACGUUUUUCGUCUCGCUCGUGUUCUUGCUGAUAGCUGAUUUAAAUACUAUAGCUCCAUUAAUCACAAAUUUUUACUUGGCGUCGUACGCUCUCAUCAAUUUUUGUACAUUUCAUGCGGGUUUGAUCCAGUCGAUAAGUUGGAGGCCCACAUUUCGAUUCUAUAAUACGUGGUUAUCUCUAUUUGGUUUCCUAAUAUGUAUCUUUAUAAUGAUGAUAAUCAGCUGGGCGAUGGCGCUCGUUACAUUUUUUAUUUUCAUGACUUUGUAUCUACUAGUACUAUACAGAAAGCCAGAUGUAAAUUGGGGCAGCAGCACGGACGCACAACGAUACAAGGACACGGUGUCAGCUCUGGUACAGAUGUCCCACAUGCAUGAAAACAUCAAAUCUUAUAACCCACAAUUGUUGGUAUUAGCUGGAAGACCCAACAAUAGACCAGCCUUGCUCGAUAUGGGUCAUAUCAUCACAAAACUGGGUUCGUUCAUGAUGGUCGCGGAUGUCAUCGAGGAACCAAUUUCACAAACAGAACGAGUGGGUCGACUUCAAGCUGGCGAAGAAUGGCUACUAUCACGGAAAGAUCGUGGCUUCUACGUAGUUUUAGACGGCUUGCCCUUCGAGAUGGGCGUGCAUGCAGUCAUUAAAUCAACUGGAUUAGGCAGCCUAAGGCCGAACGUUAUGCUCAUUGGCUAUAUGAACAGAUGGGCAAGAUGUGCAGUCACUAGUGUUAGAACAUAUGUACGGGUUCUUCAACAUCGAGCGCCCCGCGGAACUAUCCCAGUUAAAAAAAACACCAUUGUAAAAUAUGAUACAAAUGAAAUUGCGCUGCAGUGCAUCUCAGUGAUGAAUGGAAACAGGUUAGCGUUCGAAGAACAACUCGGAGUAUCCAUCUUACGCGUGCCGGAGACGGCGCGGCCGGUGAAGGCGCACGUCACGCGCAGUGCGCACGAGCUGCGCGCGCAUCACCACGUGCAGGACUUGCUGUUCGCCGACUCCGACGCUGACUUGCCGCAUCACGAGCGUUCUAACGACGGAGCUCAAAGUAGUCACCCAGAGCUGGGAAUAGUUGUCAAAGAAAACGUCCCUUCUUUUCAUGACAGCGAUCCUAACAAACACACCCCAGUAUCAAGUCUUUCGAUGAGAAAAUCUGGAGUAUACAAACCUUUAACUUUUAGCUCUGACAACGAUUUGGACGCCUGGUGGCUGUAUGACGACGGAGGCCUAAACAUCUUGCUACCGUACAUCAUUGCUCGUCGUGGCUUCACAGAGAAAAUGCCGCUAAGAAUAUUCGCACUUACACGUGACUGUAACGAUAUUCAAGAUUCUGAAAAACAGAUAAAGGCUUUACUACAAAAAUUUCGUAUCGAAUAUUCAUCACUGAUCAUGAUUCAAGGCAUCAACGAACCUCCUCUACAAGCUAGCGUGGAAUACUUUAAUCAGCUGAUUAAAAAAUUUAGAACUGAUUUCGGAAGUGACAUUCUAAUAUCGGAUGCAGAGCUGGAGCGCUUGAGCAACAAGACCAACCGUCACCUGCGACUGCGAGAGUUGCUCAUAGAACACUCAUACAUGGCCUCCUUCAUUGUUCUCACACUUCCCUAUCCGAGACUGGGCUCGGUAUCCGCUACUCUAUACAUGUCGUGGCUCGAGGUGUUGAGCAAAGAUUUGCCACCCAUGCUCUUCGUGAGAGGAAACGACGAGACUGUUCUUAGCGUAUAAUACCUAAUAAAAUAAAUCUGAACAUUAAAAAAGUUUUGUUUAUGGAGUUUAGUUUUUCGUAGUCGUAUUUUUCGACAUCGUUACGCCGAGCGGCGCCAGCGUUGCAGACGAGAGCCAACGUGUGCGAACAGUUCAUUUGAAUGCCUUGCCAGUACUCAGGAUCGCUCGCUCGGAAAUCAAAAGCUGGAUUCAGCAAGUCACGCCCACCUAUUUGUCUGCGCUCCGUCAUAUCAGUAAUGACUUGGUCGCUAAACCUAACGGAUUUAAGAUAUGUUGAGCAGAAAAAUUGGGAUAUUCAAUCUUAUC